GUGCGGAGGAGUUGAAGAACUGCAACUUCCUGCAUGUCCAACAAAAGUAUUGCAGAAAAAGAAAGGACCCCUCAACAACAAAGUGAUUAUACCGGUAAUCACUAUGUUGUUUAUUGUUGUGAUCCUACUCUGUGUCGUAACAAUUACUUUUCGAAUUAGAAGGUCAAGAAGAGAAAUUUCUUCGGCCUUACCUUUCCAAAGGGAGUACCCGAAACUCUCUUAUGCAGAACUUCACCAAGCAACCAAUGGGUUCUCUUUCGACAACUUGAUAGGUAAAGGAAAAUAUGGUUCUGUUUUGAAAGGGAUUCUUGACUCUACUGGACAAACAAUUGCUGUGAAGGUAUUGAAACUUCAAGAACGUGGAGGGAAUAGGAGUUUCCAAGCAGAAUGUGAAGCACUGAAGAACAUUCGCCACCGCAAUCUGGUCAAGAUAAUCACAUCUUGCUCAAGCAUCGAUUUUAAGUGCAAUGAUUUCAAGGCUUUAGUUUUCGAGUUCAUGGAAAACGGGAGCUUAGAUAACUGGUUAUACCCAGAAUGUCUUCAUGAGCAACGGGGAACUGCGAGCUUGAACCUUAUUCAACGUUUAAACAUCGCCAUUGAUGUGGCUUCUGCAUUGGAUUAUCUUCACUAUCAUUGCGAAGUAGCUAUCAUUCAUCGCGACUUAAAGCCAAGCAACGUUCUUCUUGACGGUGAUUUUUGUGCCCAUGUGAGUGUCUUUGGUCUUGCAAAGAUUCUUUUACCAACCACAUGUGAAUCCAACAAUCAACAACAAUCAAGUUCAACUGCAAUUGGAGGAACAAUUGGAUAUGUUGCUCCAGAAUAUGGUACGGGUGAAGAGAUAUCAACACAAAGUGAUAUGCAUAGCUAUGGAGUGUUACUAUUGGAAAUGUUAAUCGAAAAAAGACCAACUGAUUGCAUGUUCAAUGACACUCUUAGCCUCUCUGGUUACAAAAAACGGUUUCUUCCAGACAAGGUAUUAAAGAUCGUCGAUCCCCAGAUCAUAUUGGAAGAAGAAAGGCAUCCAAGUGGGACUAGGCAAACUAUCACACCAAGCACUAAUAAACUUGAGGUUUGCCUUGUCUCAAUCCUUCAAAUUGGUGUUUUAUGUUGUGCUGCACUGCCCGGUGAGAGAAUAAAUGCUAGAGACGUCCUUGCGGAACUGGACAAGAGUAGAAAAGUAUUUCUUGAGUCGAGGGAACAAGGCCGGCAACAUGGUUAGGACGAACGAUUCUUAACUGAAUCAUGCGUGUAGCUUGUUUUGAUGUUCUAGAAAUAACUCUCUUUCUUAUCUCUCUGCAUUAG